UCCCCACCCUCCAUAAAAACUGGGGAAAUACAGUUGAGCCAUUAGGAGAAGAGAGGAUCUUUAGUUACGCUUAAUUUUUUAACUUCGCAAAAGAAAUAAUCUCUGGAACUAAAAGCCUUUGGAAUUAAAGUGAGAAGAUACAAGUGUUGCUUGAAUAAUUAUCCAUCAUCUUAGGCUGGGAGGACCUGAUUGGAUACAUAAGGAGUUUCAGUUUUAGAAGUGUGUGAAGGCUGUUACCACUUACCUUAGAAUAUUUGAACUAGACACCAGGGGCCGGUUCUCUCCUCAGGUUAGCUCAGGAUGGCAGACCAGAGGCAACGCUCGCUCUCUACCUCUGGGGAAUCCCUAUACCACGUGCUGGGGCUGGACAAAAAUGCCACUUCAGAUGAUAUCAAAAAGUCUUACAGGAAACUGGCAUUGAAAUAUCAUCCUGAUAAAAACCCUGAUAACCCAGAGGCGGCAGAAAAAUUUAAAGAGAUCAAUAAUGCCCACGCAAUAUUGACCGAUGCCACAAAGAGGAACAUUUACGAUAAGUAUGGGUCUCUGGGGCUCUAUGUAGCAGAGCAGUUUGGUGAAGAAAAUGUGAACACAUACUUCGUGCUGUCCAGCUGGUGGGCAAAGGCCUUGUUUGUGUUCUGUGGGCUCAUCACAGCCUGCUACUGCUGCUGCUGUCUGUGCUGCUGCUGUAAUUGUUGCUGUGGGAAGUGUAAACCGAAACCUCCCGAAGGCGAAGAGCAGGAAUACUAUGUCUCUCCAGAGGACUUGGAGGCACAGUUGCAGUCAGAUGAAAGGGAGGCCUCAGACGCACCUAUUGUGAUACAGCCAGCAUCAGCCACAGAGACAACCCAGCUCACAGCUGACUCUCACCCCAGCUACCACACUGAUGGAUUUAAUUAAGUUAAGGAAACACUGUCAUUAGAAUGGAUAAAAAAAAAAAAAAAAUAAAUACAUGGCCAACUCAACACUAGAAUCAUGAACAUUAGAAGUAGAGAAUGGGGAGGGGGAAUAAUUCUGCCACAGUAAGAAGGCAGCUUUCCAACCUGCCGAAAAUAUUUUGUAAUCCCUUCAGCCUUUUGUCACCUUUCAGUGUCGUAUCUCGAUGAUACGUGAAGUGCUGUAGCAUGCAGUAUUUAAAGCAGUUUAGCUACGGUCUUAUUUGUUUUCCUUUCUUUUGGUUUUUAUUUUCCCUGUUUUGUUUGUUUUUUUUUUUUUUUAUAGCAUGUAUGGAGUUAUGUUCAAUGUCUGUGGUGUAAAGUAUUGAGUUGUCACAAUAUCAGUGCGAUGGAGACAUUCUGCAUUUUAAGCAGCAGUACUGGCCUAAAAAUUAUGUUCAAAAACUGUCACAGAAGCCACUGUUCUUCUGUACAGCUGAGCUCUCAAAGACCUUUAAAAAUUGAGGAUUUUCAUUUCAGUGCAACAAACCGAGUCUUUCAUUCCUCCUAUUCCUGCGUUUUUAUCUAAGCAAGUUUACAAAGCCAAGAACCAAAAAAUGCCAGUCCUGCAGAGCUGGAGUCCUCUCUAAUGCUGGUUUUCAGCUUAAAUAAAUCUACCUUGAAACAUAAAAAGGGAGAGAUGCCAAUCUUUGAACAGUAAAUUGAACAGCUCGUUGUGUGUGAGGCGAUCUCCAGUGACAAUGGAACCAAAACCAACUGGGAAUGGGCUCCUGUGGUGGUGGCAGUGAGAUUUUAACUCCAAGCACAAUUCUGUUUUGGUUUGAGUUCAGUUGUUUUCCUGAAAUGCUAAAGACCAAAUAGUGCAGCUUUGUUUCUGAAUGCAUGAGAAUCUUAAAGUGAAACUGGUUAAUUGGCUCUCACUGAGGAAGUGAGUAAAAUGCAGGCAACAGCAGAAGUGUUUCAAAAAAUUGGUUUGUAAGAAUUUGUUCUGAUAAUUUGAGAUUUUAGUAGACAAAUGGGGUAUUACCUGUCUUUUUUAAAAGCUUUUAUAAUACACUAACCCUUUAAUUUUCUCAUGAACACCUUUGUGUAGUACUUAAAUGGAUUUUUAAGAACAAGCCACCUUUCUUUGUGUUUAUAUUGUAUAAUUUGCACAUUGUCUUGCAUUUAGAUUUGUUUACACCAGUGUUUUUCUUUUCCUCAGAACAACUAUGUGGAAACCCCUGAAAGGUUUUCCUGUUCUAUUUUGAAACCAAAUCAAGUCCAAAUUCUGCUCUAAUAAACCAUGGUUUAUUGAAUUUAACUGUUAAAAAGGUAUUUUAGGCAGCUGCUGAGUUGCUGGUGUAUUUUGUUGUCAGUGAUCCUGCUUUAGAGGAUACAGAAUCAGGGUCUAGAACAGCUGCAGAGAACCCACACUUGGCACUUUGAGCGGGUAAUUACGGCCUCGUUAGUUUUGAUCGUUCUGCUUUUUAUCACUCUGCUGUCCUUUGCACCCCCAUUUCCCUGUUUUGUUUUCCCCCCUCUUUCUGUGGGGGGGAUGUUGGCACCUUCCCACUGUAUCUGCUGCUCCAGGGGUUACCUGGGAGCAUCGUAAAGCUCUGCUGGUCUGUAGGAAAACCACCAGGAUAGGACGGGGACUCUCCUGCCACAGAACCAUUUGGAAUAUGUUUUCCCUCUGUCUUUGCAUGAGCAGCAGUGAUGGAACACGUAAAAUCCACCAUGAAACCCUGUUAAACAAGCUGGAUAGGAGAAAAUGUUCUUAACACGGUCUCAGUGCUCAGUGAGGGAUGUUUGCGCACCCAGACUUUGCUGCAGCUGCUGGUAGAAGCACGUUUGCCUGCAUGGGAGCUUGGUGCAGAUCAACAUGCUUUUGGUACCACAUCAGGCCCCCAAAAUUCCAAAAAACCCCCAUGACUUUUAACUAAUGGCUUGAUUUCAGUAGCACACUCCUUAAGUCAUUUCUUCCUUGCCCACAGUCCUUUUAGACCUGAAAUGCAGUAGUUUACUGCAGGAUACUUUUAACUUUUUCUGACUUAGGUGGCCUUGAGGACAUUUGAGUAUGAUUUGGCUUGAGGUCCUUAUUUAAUAAUGUCUUUGUUUGACCCCGUGGAAGGAAAAGCAGUUUUUAGGCUUACACCCAACUUUUGACUGUCCUUGUAGAUUUUGCCUGAAGCCCAGUCUUGAUGUAGAAUUGCAGGCUGGAAUAUGCUCGGAUAUCUAUAGGCUUUGUCCCUAAACACUGGCUGGUUAAAAUCGCCCUUGACCUUGCAAAUUGUGUAAUGGGUAAAAAAAACUAAGGUGUUGGGGAUUUUUGGCUUUGUAAAUGAGCAUGGCUGAUUGGAGAGAGCUGGUGAAUGGGGAAGGGAGCUGUUCCCUGGGAGCUGUUACAGUCCCUGUCCCCACGUUCAUCUUGGUGGUAACACAAAGCUGGUUGUUGUGGAGCAGCUUUACCCCAUGUGCUGGGGGCUGGUUGUUGCUGUUGAUUUCAAAUAAUCCUCUUAUUUCUUAACCCCUCUGGGCUGUUUCCAUGGAAGCAGGGAGGCUGGUGGGAAGUUGUGGCUCCGAGGAGGUGUGGGACACACCUGGAGUCGCUCUGCAGGCUCCCGAUGAACCAAAAUCUGGGCAGCACGUGAGGACCAGAGGCAGCACCAUUAUCCAUGGGGAAAGAUGACAUCCAAGAUAAAUCUACAGUUUUAGUUCUUUGCUUAGCAAGGGAUGAGUUUGGAGAGAGACUGCUUUCCUGUCACUUGUCUGUGGGUGGUGUGUGAACAGGAAAUUAGUCUGUUAAGUGCCAGAGUGACGUUAGAUGCUCCAAGGGAAACCACUCUGAGAUCCCGGUUACAGAGAAUGAUGGAAAAACAUAAUUCUACAUGAAUAUUCAUGGGUUUUGAAGCUGUUUAAAGUUUGCCCAUGUUACUGUCUAAUCUCUUGACUUUAGGAUUGUUGUGUAUUAAUGAAGUUCUUGAACUAUGUAAGGAAGUGAUUUAAACAUUCCUCCUUUAAAGCCAAAACCAUGUAAUUGGAAGACAAGUAGAUUAAUGCCCACUUUUCCCCUCUUGGAGGGAAGGUACAGGAGUACCCUGGGCUCUUAACACAAGUUACACUUAAAAAUGACCAAGUGGAAUCCUAGUAAAUGCAAAGUUAUAUUUGGAAUCAUGUUUUAAAAUCUGGUGGAGCAGCUCAGACAAGAGGUCUGAGCUUGGGCAGGUGGAGCUGCAGUGUCCCAACACUGCAUCCCUGACCUGGCUUAGUGCAGAAUGUUUCCCUCCAAAAUCAAACCUGAGCACUGUCCAUCUCUGUCCAACAUCUUGCCAGAAUCAAAACUUGAGCUUGGAUUUUAUUUAUUUAUUUGUUUAUUUAAAGUUGUAUCAUUUGUACAAGUUGCCUGAGCCCUCCGUUUUCAGUCGUUCAGCCAGCUCCAUCCAGCUCCUCCAACCUCUCCAGCACUGAUUUCCUUAGCACUUGUAGCUCCAUCAGGGUGAAUCCUAUCUGGAGAGCUGGUUUUCAGGACCACUGACUUUAUCCCUGAGCUGUGUUGCAUGGAGAGUCAUUCCUAGCUUAGGCUGAGGAGGGAAAGCUGCUGCCGAGAGCGCUCGGGUGCUGUCUGUCCCUCCCGGUGUGUGGAGCUGCUGGAGAAGGAGGUGCUGGAUCUGCCCUGCCCAUCCUCCCUGGGGAUGGGGGCAUCCCCAAUGCACUGUACUGGAGGGGCAUUGCAGCCCUUAAAUGCCAGUCUCAUUUUGUUAGUGAUUUUUGUAGGAAAUUCUUAAAUAUUUAUCUGUAUAUAAAUUUAUGUAAGCCUCGGUGGCGUCCCGUAGGGUGUCGGUUUCUGCUGGUCCCAUGCAGUGACGUUUUAGAGAAAUGUUCCCUUUUUAGUCUUCUUUUUAGAUUUGUAAGCUUUUUAAACUGCUUUAGAUAUUAGCACUCCUAGUGUUCUUACAGUGGGAUGCUCUUGGAGGUUUGGAGGAGCAGAACUGAGGAGUGCUUGGGCACAGAAACACCCAGUCCUGCAGCAGGGCUGCGGUCAGGGCAGUGCAACUCUCCCACCCCUUUCCUGUCAGCCUGGAAACACCCUCACACGGGUGUAACCAGGGCAGGAGCCUGAUGGAAAAGCUAUUCCUGUCCCAUCCACGAGGCGGUUGUGUGGUGUGGCGGGACACCAGUGCACUUUGGGGGGCUGUACCAGGGCGUUCGUACCACACACACUCCGUGAGAGAGGCACCUGCUUCUCUCACCUACUUUGUGCCCUUCAUCUGUCCCUGCGCCCUUCAGUCUUUUGCCAUUUCUGGAUAAUUUAGGAGAUUUGUGCUGCAGGUUUUUUGUACCCAGUGUACCUGUAUCUUGGCAUCAUGUUUAACAGGUGACCCUGGCAGGGUGGUCAGGGCGGUGUUUGCAGCCCCCACCUCGUGUUAAUAAUUCUGGAUGGUGUUUAAAUGCGCGUUAAUCUCGGAGCACUGAGCUGUAACCCCCCAGUACUCGUGUUUGUAGUGUCAGGUUGGUAUAAACUUCACAUGCUUCAUCAUCUGGUGCCGCUUCUCUGUGUUCUAGUGGAAAUCAUCUAGUUUGUAGUGUCUCAUUGCACCAACAGCUGCUUAAAAUCUCUCGAAAGAAUCAUAACCGGUAGCUCACCAGGUGGCAGGAAAUUUGUCAGUGUUCAGCUCCCACAAGAUCCGUUGUCUGCUCCAUGAACUACCUUGGGAGACUUACUGGGACUAUCUGGGACUCGGCAAGACUGCAAUUCCCGUGUCCUUCUAAGAAGACGCUUUCUUUACGAGGAGAAGCCGCGGGAGGGAACCUGGCUGUCCUUGAUGUUUGCACAAGCCAAAUGCCAGAAAUCUGGAAGACAAACUUUCAUUAUGCCAAUGUUACAUGCACAGUUGAUUUUGGUAUUAAAAGGAUAGAUGCUGGAAAUUUCUGGUGGUUAUAUAUAUAUAUAUAUGUAUAUGUAUAGAGGAAGCUCUUAUAUAAACUGGCUGUUCAUUCCCGAGUGCCAUUGUCUUCUCUGCUCCCUCUCCCCACAGCCAGCCCUGUGGGUGUGCUCUUGCAGUCUGUGAGCGGUUGCUUGUCAAACCAUUCCAAAAAUUUAACAGUCUACUUGAAUUCCAUGAGCUGCCCCUUGUCCUGGCCCCCUCUGCCUGCUCCAGCUUUCCUUUGGAGGAGAGAAGGGAGACCCGGCAGAGGGCACAGGGGCAGCUCUGGAGUGACUUGGACUCGUGCAGCUGGUCCGUGGGGUGUUCAGAUGUGGUCGAUGUGCUCAUCACUGGAGCUGUGAUAGAACACAUUGAUUUGGGGUUUUUCCCUAGUUUUCACCACGUUGGACUCCCCGGAGUGGGGCUGGGUGAGCUCACAGAGCAAGGUCCACCCUGUGCUGAGGGCUGUGGGCUGCAGCAUCACGCGUGUGUAUGUAUGUAUAUAUGCACAUAUGUAUAUAUUUAUACAACAGGUGUGCACCUAGGACUUGCUGCUGGUUUUAAUUUGGUGAUAAAAACGUGAAAUUUGGCUCAAAGUACUGCUCUGAACUCAGCCAGACAAGUGGAAGGUGUGUUCCUCUUUUGUGCUUCUUUCCUCUCAGCUGCAGGAAAACCCAAACCAGACCCAUAGGGUCAAGGGACUGCUGAGGACACGGAGCCUGUUGUAUAAAUAAAUGGGUCACACAAGUGGGGGAAGCACCUUCUGCUCCCCACGCUCUGCUCGGGUGAGUUCCCACGUGAGCAGUGUGGUGUUUGCACGGCCGGGCGCAGUCCCUCUGCUUGCACAUUGGUUCUGUAAGGACUUGGAGUUACUGAAAUUCCUAAACCUGAAGCUGGCAGUGAUCCAUGUGAAGGCACAACAGUUGUGGCCAAUGUACGUGUGAGUCCCACCACGUCCCCUCUACACAUGCUGGGUGGAGCUGCUGCCGCCCUCCUCCUCAGGCCGAUCCUUCCAGGGGCUGUUCCUGACAUGCAGCACACCGGGGGUUCCUGCUUCACAGCAGAAAUGGGGGAAUACUGGGGAGAUUUUUACUGCUGGCACCUCUGAAGUUCUGUUUGUGUCCAUCAUGGUUGAUGAACUCCGAGUUUGCCAAUUCCAAACGCGCUGUUUCCUUGCUGGAUGCUGAGCCAGUCGCUGUCAUUCCUUCCUCCCUCUCAUCCCACUGUCGCCCGCCAGGCUGGGGCGGGGUGUGGAUGGGUUGGUUGGUGUCACUGCUGACAUCCCAGGCGGUUUAUGUUCAUUUUGCAUGUGAGCAAGGCCCUGAACUGUGUAAUUCCUCAUGGGGUUUGGUUGUCCCGGCCUCCUUACGGAGCUGGCGGGAGCUGAGGGCGCCGGGAGAGGCGCGUUUGCGUUUGCACUGCACUUCAACUCGGGUGGGGGGUGGGGGUAGGGGGGAGCCCAUCUUUAAAAAAGGAAAAAAUAGUAAAAAAAAAAAAAUAAAAAAAUAAAAAAAACCCCAAACCCACCACAAUCGAAGUAUAAAUGCAUCUGAGAAGCAAUUAUAAUAUAGACAUAUAUCUAUUUUGUUAUGUUACUAAAGGACCAUACUUUGAGUUGUCUGUAAGUAGACGUGGCUGUCUGAACUUUGUGGAUUGUAACACUCGAUACUACUGAGCUCCUGUACAUACCCGCAGCGACGGCAGAAGGAAUUAUUUUCUGUUUUAGCAUGGUAAUUUGUGUCUUGUAUGUCCGAAUAUAAACUAAAAUAAAGAUUGCUAAGUUAUCGGAAACCACUGUUGUAAAAUAAAUGUUUUCAAUGCAGAAA